GGUGGCGUUUUGCAACAGCGCUUGGUGGAGUGGGGAGGACGGCGCCUGCGAGGGGACAAGCUUUGUGUGGAUGUUUUUUUUUUCGCCUUCUUUUUCUUCUCAUUUCAUGAACGGAUAAAAGUGCACGAUAAGUACUGCAGCAGCCAUGGAGGAGCUGGGCGCCGUGGAGGAGCAGGUCUUUGACGCUGAAUGCAUACUCAACAAGAGAUUCCGAAAGGGGAAGUCGGAGUAUCUGGUGAAGUGGAGAGGCUGGUCCUCCAAACACAAUAGCUGGGAACCGCAAGAGAAUAUUCUUGACCCCAGACUUCUGGCUGCAUUCCACAAAAGGGAACAGGAAAAAGAAAUUCAGAUCCGCAAACAAGGGAAGAGACCAAGGGGCCGACCACGUAAAAACGUGGAGCCAGAGGUUCAAAAAGUGACCAAAUCGAGCAGCUCUUCUUCAUCGUCAUCGUCAUCAUCAUCUUCGUCCUCUUCUUCUUCCUCCUCCUCUUCCUCCUCAUCUUCCUCCUCCUCUUCUAAUGAGGAGAGUGACAACGAGGUGAAGGGUCGAGAAUCGCACCCUGUACCGCAGAAAAAGGCCCAGAUAGUCAUCGUCAAGCCAGAACACAUAGACCCCGCCAAGAAGAAACGAGGCCGGAAAAUCAUUCGCCCCGAGCAAAAGACGAACAGCAAAAACAAAUCUCCCAGAAAGGUGCUAAAAACAGCAGGGAAAGACUCUGAGCUUAAAGUCAAAGAAAAAAUAAAGAAACCCCUUCAGCCUGCUAGCUUUACCUACCCUGGGCUAAGCAGGAGUACUAAAGACUUGCCAAAUGCCAAAAACACAUCUGGUUCUUUCACACCGGGAAAAGUAGCAAAAAGCUCUUUGAAUUCUGCAGUGGUUGGACCAAACCGGCCAGCAGCCCCAAAUAUUCCCUCCGUGGGCAGACCAGCUCUAAAUAAAAACACAGCAGACUUCAAACAAGGUAUUACUCUUUCAGUUUCCAAUGCGUGCAGCCCUGGGCUGGAUUUGAAAAUGACGGCCUCGAAAUCACAGGGUGUUGCUGCACUUAACCUGCAUAAUUCCAGGCUCUUGACUAAUCAGGGUGUGAAUAAGACUCCUCUUGGCUCUCCGAGCGAGAAAAAAACAGAAUUACCGGGGAAGACGCAAGUGCCACGGCUUCAGAACAAUGGCAGCAAGUCCACCACAGAUGUGUCUUCUCCCACUAAGAGAAACACCAACCAGGCGCUUAACCUGCAUGCUUUAAACCUGCAGAGUGUCAACAAGCUUGGGCAAAGUGUCGGUGGCAGCAAUGCUUCAGGGAACAACACCCCGGUGUCCAGUAUAAAAAACUCAGGCAGUCCAAACAGAAAAGCCUCUGGGGGCAACACCCAACAGGGUAACAGCUUGAGGCUGAAUCUGGCUGCUUCUGCUCAUCAGAUCAACAGAAAUAGCCAUCCUGGAGGUGAAAAGGGGAAGCCAGAAGAAAGCAACAAGGCUGAAGUGGAGAUACGGGGCAAGAAGAUAGGGCAGGCUGAGAAGGAGCCAUCACACAAUAACCCAGCGCCGCCAACGGAAGUGCAGAACAGUAGUAAAAAGAGGCAGGAGAGCAGCACUACUACUUCGAAAGAGAGUGGAAAGCCGGCAAUGAAAGUCUUAAGUGAAAUGAGCACGGGGGAAGAGGAGACGAGUUCAGAGUCAGACCAGGAUUCAUCCUUCUGCAGAAAUGGGCAGAACAUGACCAUCUCUGUGCAGACCAACCAGGACUGGAAACCCCCGUGCAGCCUGAUAGAGCAUGUCUUUGUCACCGACGUGACAGCUAACCUGGUCACAGUAACUGUGAAGGAGUCCCCGACCAGCGUGGGCUUCUUCAACAUCCGUCACUAUUGAACUGUUAUGCAUGCAGCAGUAGGGGGUUAGGGUAACGCAAAGGUUUGUGCAGAGGGAGUGGAGGUACGUAAGAUAUAGCAAAAGCAAUGCAGAGCAAGGAAUGUUCUUAAUGGUAGUAGCAAAAACACUCUAUCUAUAUCUGUAGAGUAAAACUAUAUGCUUGUUGGUAUCUGUGAAUUCCUAAUUCUGCUUUGCAUUUAGCAUUUAAUACUGUGAGCUACAUUCUAUUCCACUUUAGGAUAAUAUUCCUCUGUUUCUUGGUGCCCCUGCAGAAACUACUUCUGAAGCUGCCAGUCCAUCUGCAUUCCCUCUGCAGUUUCACAAGGGUGUCUGAAUUGAUCCUUAAGAGCUUUGCAAACACAUUAAAAAAAAUAACAAAGUACCAAAUGUGUAUGCAUAUCAGUGCAGUUCUGAAGUACUGUUUAUUGUUAUUAUCAAAUUUUAUUCAAAGAUGCUCCCUAGUCCUGUACAUAAAGGUAUUGCAGGCCAUAUCAUUUUAAUGCUUUGAGGAAAAAGAGAAAUGUUGACAGACAUUAUGCAUUUCAGUGAUAGUCUAUCUGGUAAUAGCUGUUUAACGCAAUGCCUCCGAUCUUUAGGAGUAUCAUUAGUCAUAUGAAAUGACUGCUGAUUGACUGUGUUGCAUCCAGAUGGUGUGUGGUUGAUUUAUUCAAGAUCGGGUUGCAUGGAAAUGGUAUUUGGAUGACAUUUGCACAUGCAGGACUGGUUAACUGAACACAUUUUGGAGAGUGAAGCUUGACUGCCGUGUGUAUUCUGUGAAGUUGUACCAACAUGUAUUAAAACCUUAAGCAGGAUCUGGUUCCAAUAGAAUACUUGGACCCGGUCAGCUUUCUUACUUCAAUAUAUGCAAGGAGAAGUGCAGAAUCAAACCAAAUCGAUACCCCCCCCCCAUCAAAUAACACAGCAUGAUUUUUGUGACCUGUGUUAUUCCACUGUGUCCCAUAUUUUAUGUUAAGUGUAACGCACAAAGUUAUUGGCAGCUUGUUUAUGUAUAACAAAUUGACCCUGGCAAUGAAAUACAAAGUAAAUAUUUUUUAAACAGUCCAAUUCCUGUUCUUGCUCUUUCACUAAGGCUGAUAAAUGGGUUAUGAUUAUGAACAGUUUGAAUAUAGAACUGUAAACUUGUAUACAGUCAUUUAAACCUGUGCAGCUGUAAUGGAUGUGUUUCCGACAUGAGCGUUCCUCCAAUGUUUUCCCUGUUACUAACAAUGCUAUUAGACUGAAAUCUAGUCUGGUUUUAUUUAUGUAAAAAACACUAGAAAGGUGCUACACAUCUUUGUUUAUUUACUGCAAUGCUGUUUUAUUAACCUUAAUAGUACUUUUAAUAAAAAAAAACACAAGUGGA